AUGACCACCCAAGACGAACAGGAACCCUCCUACAUCGACUACGAGACCUUCCUCUCCCCCGACUUCAACCCCGCCUCCUUCGCAAACACCCUCGUCCUCGCGACCAAUAACCCCAACGAUGCGCCCCUCGACCUCUCCACCCCGCUCUCCCGCGUCCUCUUCGAUACCCAGGAGAUCGACUCCCACAUCGACGUGCUGACCACAAAGUCCGCCGCCCCGCUGCUGCAGUACACCGACGAGCAGAACGCCGCCAGCAAGCGCAUCAUCGGCGAACUCGACGCCCAGAUCAAGAGCCUGAACGACAGCUACCGCCAGCUCGAGAAGGAGGUCAUCGACAAGCACGCCGAGGCCGAGGAGGUGCGCCAGGUCGCCACCCGCCUCUGGGAGACCCUGAAGCUCGGCCGCUCCGUGGGACGCUGUCUCCAGCUCGGCAGGCAGCUCGAGGUCCAGCACGCCGAGAUUGCGAGUGGCAGUGUAAGCGCUGCGGCUGCUGCGGCCGGGAAGAAGGAGGACCACAGGGCGCUGGUGCGCUGCUCGCACACGCUACUCUCUCUGAGGGAGGUGCUGGAUCGGUCGGCGCCCGGGGAGGAGGGCUACGGGCUGGGCAAGGUGGACGCGAUCCGCACCCUGCGAGAAGGCGUCAUCGCACCGAUUGAGCGGUCCGUCAGGGAGACGGCGGAGAAGAUCAUCCGCGACUUUGCGGUCCCCAAGUCGGCCACCUUCGCGCAGGGCGAGGAGACCAAGGCGCGGACCGUCUCGGCCAUGGUCACGCUGUUCCUGCUGUCACCGCAGCCCGCGAUGAAGGGCGAGCGGUGGACGCCGACGCUGCUGCUGCAGGCGCUUGAGGUGUACUUCCGCUCGGCGCUGCAGUCGUCCAUCGCGUCGCUGUCGCGGGCGCUGGGCCAGCUGCCGUCGCUGGACCGGACGCUGGCGGAGAUCUCGGCGCGGUGCCAGAACAUUGUCGCGCUGGAGGUCGUGCUCGAGUCGACGAAGCUGCCGACGCAUCCGCUGGUCACGACGCCGCAGAAGCAGACGAAUAUGCUGCAGCCGCUGUUGGCGUAUCUCGAGACAGGCAGCCUGGCGAGCUACUUUUGGAGGACGAUGGCUGGCAGCCUGGGUACGCGGGUGCAGGAGAUUGUGAACCGGGGAGGCGUGUCGGCGAGGACGCUGAGGACGAACCGGGCGAGCGUCGGGGAGGCUGUGAGGGAAUGCGUUGUCAGGGGGUGCGAGAUGCCGAGCGCGCUGAAGGGGAAGGGGAGGGGCGAGGGCAAUUGGGAGAGGGAGGUUGCUGUCAUGGUUGGCAGCGUUGUGAACAACCUUGGGAGGUGA